CGCAGCGUCCAAUCCCCGCGCGUCUUCACGCCGCGCCACGCCGUCCGGGCCAUGGGCCACCAAUGGCGACCCCCACCGCCACCGCACUCACCUGCUCCUGCCGCCCUUCGUCGCCCUCCUCAUCAUCCGCCGCCUUCCGCCGGCUGAACAUCUUCGCCCCCGUCUCGGGCGCCCAUUCUCCUCCUCGACGCCGCCUCCGUCUCGCGCCAUUGCACGUCGUCGACGACUCCAAGAACCCCCCCGAGGAGAGGUCUGAGACGGAUAAGAUGGUGGACGGCAUGGACUUCGGGGAGCUCUGCAGCGACUUCGAGUGCAUAAGCAGCCCCUACGUGGAGUCGACGGCGAGGCAGGUCGCGCGGGACAUCCUGGAGCUCCGCGAGGACAACCGCGCAUUCAACUGCUACGCCGUCUCCGUCAAGUACAAGGACCCACUCAGGACAUUUGUUGGGCGUGAGAAGUACAGGAGGCCGUUGUGGAUCACCAAGGCGUUGGAAAACCCUGUAGUGACAGUCCAGGAAAUGUCAAUGCAGUCGACGAGCAACCUGACCAUCAGAUGGGCGUUGAGAGGGAAGCCUAAGAACCCGUUGUUCGCGAGCGUCGGAGGAGACGUCAUCGUCCGCGUCGAGUCACGGUUCGUCCUGAACCAGAUAAGCGGGCAGGUGCUGGAGCAGGCCGAGUCCUGGGACCUCUCCGCCUCGUCCCUCCCUGCCCAGGCCUACUUCUGGCUGUCCCGAAGGGUCUACUCCGCCGUGGAGUCCGGGAAGGACGCGAUCGAAGCCGCCAAGAGCGCGGCGUCGUCUGGGCUGACGACCAAGGGAGACCAGAAUCUCGAGGCCUAUCCGGAUCCUUCUGCUGAUCCUACAAAGUUCUUUCAGAGGCCGGAUGAUGGGUUCAGCCAAGACGUGUACCAGAUCGGCCUUCUCCUGGCCGUGAUCUACUUCAUUGUACAGUUUCUGAAGGCGACCCUGUGACCGGCUGCAGCCUGUCGAAGAAUGUAGCCUGUGUGCAGUAUACAUGUAUGUAACUAUGCCUAGCAACAUUAUAAAAUACGGGCAUAUAUCAUCCUGCCAUCUGACCUGCGACAGAUUUGUGACCUUUCACCACUGCUGUCGGUGAUAUUAGUUUGGCACGCAAGUUGCCAAUUUACAGGUGUUAAACUUG